GUCAAAAUUGAGGGAUAUUUUCAAAUUUUAGGAGUAUUUUGAAAUAAUGAAUUUAUAUGUCAUAACAUUACUGUUAUUAUUGCAAAAAUGCUCAUCAUUCUAUAUCCCAGGCGUAGCUCCUGUAGAGUUUCGCAAAGGACAAAAAAUCGAAGUAAAAGCUGUUAAGAUGACAAGCACACAUACUCAAUUACCUUACGAAUACUAUUCUUUACCCUUUUGUUUACCAAAAAAUGGCACAUUCAUUUAUAAGUCAGAAAAUUUAGGAGAAGUUCUUAGAGGCGACAGAAUAGUUAAUACUCCAUACGAAGUAAGAAUGGCAGAAAAUAUUGAGUGCAAAUUGUUAUGCCAUUCGAAAGACAAGCCCAUGAAUUGGAAUGAUGAAGAUUCACAAAAGGUUAUUGAAAGGAUUGAACAUGAAUAUUUUGUUCAUCUUCUGGUUGAUAAUCUACCAGUUGCAACUAAAAUUAUGAAUGAAAAUUCAUUAGAAAUUCAAUAUGAACCCGGAUACAAACUUGGUAAUAUUGUACAGAAUCAUGCAUAUAUUAAUAAUCACCUCAAGUUGAUUUUAUUAUAUCACAUGCAUAAUGUAGAUACAUAUAGAGUUGUAGGUUUUGAAGUUGAAACCUUAUCAGUUCAUAUGAGUGAAUUAAAAUUCAAAGGAGACACAUGCGAAUUUUCUAGUGAUCCUAAGCCACAACCUGUUAACAAACACUCAACACAGUUAUGGUUUACCUAUUCUGUGGAAUGGAGAAAAUCAGACGUCAGCUGGGCUUCACGAUGGGAUAUAUAUUUGGGAAUGAAUGAUGUCCAGAUUCAUUGGUUCUCUAUUAUCAAUUCGUUAGUGGUUGUGUUUUUCCUAUCAGGUAUUUUAACAAUGAUUAUGGUAAGAACAUUAAGAAGAGAUAUUGCACGUUAUAAUGCUGAUGAAUCUUUGGAUGAAACUAUUGAAGAAACAGGAUGGAAAUUAGUUCAUGGUGAUGUUUUUCGACCCCCAAAAUAUCCAAGAUUAUUUGCUGCUGUUAUUGGAAGCGGAAUACAAAUCUUUUUUAUGUCCCUUAUCAUCAUAUUCUUUGCAAUGCUGGGAAUGUUAUCACCAGCAUCCCGAGGCGCUCUGAUGACUGCUGGAAUAUUAUGUUAUGUUUUCAUGGGAUUAAUUGCUGGAUAUGUUGCUGCACGUUUGUAUAAAACAAUUAAAGGACGUGAAUGGAAGAAAAGUGCUUUCCUGACAGCAACAUUUUAUCCUGGAAUUGUUUUCGGUUCUUGCUUCUUCCUUAAUUUCUUUAUCUGGGGUAAACAUUCCAGUGGAGCCGUACCAUUUGGGACAAUGGUAUCUUUAUUAUGUUUGUGGUUUUGCAUUUCAUUGCCACUUGUAUAUCUUGGUUAUUACUUUGGGUUCAGAAAACAACCCUAUCAUCAUCCUGUUAGAACAAAUCAGAUACCAAGACAAGUUCCUCGGCAGCUGUGGUACAUGAACCUAAUGUUGAGCACUUUAAUGGCUGGUAUAUUACCCUUUGGAGCAGUCUUCAUAGAAUUAUUCUUUAUUUUCACAGCCAUCUGGGAAAAUCAAUUUUACUAUUUAUUUGGUUUUCUGUUUCUAGUAUUCUGUAUAUUAGUUAUAUCUUGUUCACAAAUAUCUAUAGUCAUGGUGUACUUCCAAUUAUGUGGAGAGGAAUAUAGAUGGUGGUGGCGCAGCUUUAUUGUUUCUGGAGGAUCUGCAGUUUAUGUGUUAGCGUAUUCAAUAUUUUAUUUUCUAACAAAAUUAGAAAUCACUGAAUUUAUUCCAACACUGCUAUACUUCAGUUAUACAGGUUUAAUGGUGUUGACAUUUUGGCUGCUAACAGGCACAAUAGGUUUCUUUGCGGCUUAUGCUUUUAUAAGAAAAAUUUAUGGAGCUGUUAAAAUCGAUUAG